UCACAGCCGGAGCUCAGACACAGUUUUGUGGAAGAAGAAGAGAAGAAGCGCGGAAACAACUCCAAGACCAUCAUGGCCCCUUCGUCCCGUUCUCAGCAUCUUCUGGCCUUCUUGCUCUUCUUGGCCUCCCCGGUUCAUCUCCAGCGGCCCCCGGCUUGUGAACUCAUCCGCAGCAACGUUGCAAGGGGAUCAUACCUCCUAGAAGUGACUCCCCGUGACUACAAACCCGGUGCCAUCUACACAGUAACCAUCUCCGGGAUCGAGAACGGGACUUCUCUGAUCCUUCAAGCCGUGUCCUCCUCCGACGAGGAAUCCAGUGGCCUUUGGGAAGUCGAAAACCAGUCCAUUGCCUGCAGCGACACCGAGAGCGUUGUCCAGAGAAAUGUUUCUGGGAGCGGGACCCGGACCCGGUGGACGUCCCCGAGCAACGCCAAUGUGGCCUCGGCUCAAAUAAGGGCCUUCGUCUCUUUCGCCAACGGCACAACGCUGCUGCAGACCAGAAACCUGCUGGAAGGUGGAUCAUCGAUGGCAGUAACACCAUCCGCUUCUUCUCAACCGACCUCCGGUUCCCCGCGUCCAACACUCAGCAACACAACUGACCACCACCUGCUCCACAACACAACGGUGGUCCACCACAACCUGGCUUCUUCACACCAGUUGACCAAAGGUCCUCCUCACAGUGGGGCUUCGGCGGGCCCAGCUUGCUCCUUCCUCCUGGCCCUCUUGCAGGUCUUCUCCAUCUCUUUGGGCUACAAGCUCCUCGCCUAAGAAGGACCUCCCCAAAAGAAAGGCCUUACAUAGAUGGUUUGGUGUGUGCUUCCACCAUCACGUCCCACCAGAAGGUGAAGGUUGGAAGCUUUACUCCCAUCCCCAAUAUCUCUCUUUCUUCCUUAACCAAUAAGUAUCCAUGUUUUGUGACUGCGCUUCCCACAUCUUCAACUUUUUUGAGACCACUUCUGUUGACGUGAGAGACAAUACAGCAGAAAGUUGUAGGCCACAUCUCAAGGGACUUUGACUUCAAGGGAAGAAGGCAUAACAUCCCGUAAUAAGCUACAUGCUCAGGCUAAAAUACUCAGAUGGUUCCACCAAAAACACACUACUUCAGAUCCACCUCACAAUAGGGAUGGUUCUCAAUCCAAAGUUGCGACGAAGGGCUAAGAAUGUGAAGUCCGUGCAUUGAACUGGAGCAUGCAACCCUUGUGUGACAUCGCAACAAGGCAAAUCCACAUCCCAAUGAAGAUCUCAAGGGCUUCCAAAACUCAACUUCUUCAACCUUGAACCAAUGGUUGACGUUCCUCAACAAGCCAAGGAAUCAUAAGACAACAACGGGAUUCUGGAAAAGGAAGCUUUCAGAUAUUCUUCCAACGUGUUUUCGAAGACUUUCAUGGCCACAAUCAUUGUCUUGCUGUGAGUUGUCUGGACUGUAUGACCAUGAUCCAUAAGCAUUUUCUCCUGAUGUUUCGCCUGCAUCUUCCAACAUCACCUCAAGUUUUUGAGAACUUCUGAAGAUUGAGUAGAAAGCCGGUCAAUGCUCUGGAGAACAUUGGACUUCAGAGCAAACUGAUACCAACGUGGAAAUGUCCUACAAGCCAAAAAGCAAGAAGAGACUCUUCCAAAAUUUCCAGGAUUUUCUCCUGAUGUUUCGCCUGCAUCUUCCAACAUCACCUCAAGUUUUUGAGAAUUUCUGAAGAUCGAGUAGGAAACCGGUCAAUGCUCUGGAGAACAUUGGACUUCAGAGCAAACUGAGACCAACGUGGAAAUGUCCUACAAGCCAAAAAGCAAGGAGAAGAGACUCUUCCAAAACUUCCAGCAUUUUCUCCUGAUGUUUCGCCUGCAUCUUCCAACAUCACCUCAAGUUUUUGAGAACUUCUGAAGAUCGAGUAGGAAACUGGUCAAUGCUCUGGAGAACAGAGCAAACGUGGAAAUGUCCUACAAGCCAAAAAGCAAGAAGAGACUCUUUCAAAAUUUCCAGCUGUGAAUCCUAGCAGAGCAUAGCAUCUCCAUUGAAUGUAUCUUGGAGUCACAUGUAUUUUAUUGUAUUUUGAGUUAUAGAUAUUGGUUUCCAAACCGGCCAAGUUGGUUACGAAUGGCUUUUGUACAGACUAUGUUUCCUUGGAACUAUGUACUAUAUUUUGGAAAUACGCGUUAUUUGAAAUGUAUUUUGGAAACGUGAAUUAUUUGAAAGACUUUUUGUCCGAAUAAAAUGUAUUUUCGUUGCCUCCCAAAUAA